AUGGACCUGACCAGCACGCGGAGCAUGGAGAUCCUUCGCGUGCUCGGUCUGGCGGAUGAGUAUCGCGCGCUGGAGGGAGCGGUCGAUAUAGACGCCAAUUUCGAUUCCGUGUUUCCUACGAAGGUGUUGGGUGAGGGGAGGAGGGUUUUGGGCGAGUGGCGAAGUAACCAACCCUCUGUCAGAAUCCAAACGGCCCACAUCCGCCAAAACAACGACGGCAGCCAGCCCGCAGAGACAGGACAGCGAUGCACGCAGAUCGUCUUCGAAGCAUGGAUGAAGGAGAUCGUCUUGACCCGGACCAGCUGCGUCGAGAGCAAAUUCGGAUGGACCUACCUCGGCCACGAGGAGAACAAGGACGGGAUCGCGACCACCUUCGUCGACCAGGCUGGCGUGAGGCAUGUCAUCCGGAGCAAAUAUCUCGUUGCCUGCGACGGGGGUGGUAGUCGUGUGCGGAAGGAGGCGGGUAUUAAGAUGAUUGGGGGUCCUAUAUCGCAAGAGCUUGCACGCGAGCUCAACGGCAGACGCUUCUGGCAUGCAUUCCCCAUUAACGGAGGAUUCCUGCUCGACCAAGACGGUCGCGAUACCUUCACGGCCCAUCUUGCAGUCGACCAACUCCCUCCGGGGCCCAUCGACCCGUACGAGCUUGUCUACCGCUUCUUGGGCGGAUUCGGCCAGAAACAUGAAAUCAAAAUCGACGAGGUGCUCGUCCACAGCCAAUGGAACCCGAAUUUUGGCGUUGCCGAACGCUAUCACAGCGAGAGUUUGAAGGUCUUUCUUGCUGGGGAUGCAGCUCACCGCAGCCCACCCCACGGCGGCUACGGCAUGAACAGCGGCGUAGCAGACGCAUUCGACCUCGGCUGGCGGCUAUCAGCCCUUCUUAAAGGCUACGGCGGUGAUCUACUCCUGCGAUCGUACGACCUCGAACGUCGACCGAUGAUGAUCAAAGCCUUGGAGCGCUCCCACCGGCACGCAAUGGAACACGUCAAGUUCCACGCAAUGUUACCAGCAGAUCGCCCCGUGCUCGAGCAAGACACCCCCGAGGCCGAUGCCCUCCGCCGCCAGAUCCGAGACUUCUUGACCGCGUCCGGCCCGGACACCAUCGACCGCGGCGUCGAGCUCGACCUCCGGUACCACUCGCCCGUGAUUUACCAGGAUGGUUCGCCCGAGCGAGAGUGGUCCCCGCGGCGAUACGUCCCUAGCACGCGGCCUGGCUCUCGCGUGCCCCAUGUGUUCCUCCGGGACGGCACGACGAGCACUUACGAUUUGUUCGGGCGCGAGUGGACACUCGUUCAUUUCGUUGAUGGUGCUGACGACUCCUCCGCCAGCGAGGUCUUCUCUGUCGCUGCCGAACAGCUCGCCUUCCCGCUCAAGCGGGUAAUCCUCCGCAACGAGCCCCACGCCCACCGCAUCUGGGAGAAGCCGCUUGUGUUGGUCCGUCCCGAUACGCACGUCGCGUGGAGAGGCACGGAGCAGGAGCUAGCGCGUCAGGACGUGAUGGAGAUCCUGAACGUGGUUUCAGGAAAUGUCCCCUUCAGUGGGUAUGAACCGAUGUCCGGGGCUUAUGUGGAGGAUUUCAAGCAGCUGGUGGCGCCGGUUUGGUCCGGGGAUGAGCAUGCUAAUUCGCAGGCUAGUAUUGCGGGGGAGAAUUUUUGA